ACGUUGGCGCUUGCAGCGUGGCAAAGUCUCGUGGCAACUCUUCUCGCGUUUCAUUCAUUCAGUUCUGCUGGAAACUUUGGUGGCGCAUCUAGUCUGGCUCUGGAAACAUGUUUGUCGGCAUCUGUUUUUUCGCGAUUCUUGUCGUUUGCGCGCGUGGCGCUGAAGAUUUGAAAGUUGAGGUGUUGUACAAGCCGGAUUCCUGUGAGGUCAAGUCCAAGACUGGGGACAUGUUGACGAUGCACUAUACCGGCACUCUGACCGAUGGAACGAAAUUUGAUUCCAGUUUGGACCGGGAACAGCCAUUCUCUUUCCAGUUGGGCGUGGGCCAGGUCAUCAAAGGAUGGGAUCAAGGCUUAGUUGAUAUGUGCGUGGGCGAGAAAAGGAAGCUCACCAUUCCGCCCCAGCUCGGUUACGGAGAUGCCGGUGCCGGAAAUGUCAUCCCUGGCAAGGCAACCUUGAUCUUCGAGGUGGAACUGAUCAACGUUGGGGACGCCCAGCCUUCGACCACCAACGUGUUCAAGGAGAUCGAUGGGAAUAAGGACAAUCAGCUAAGCCGAGAAGAAGUAAGAGAGUUUGUCAGCGAAUACUUGAAGAAACAAAUGGUGGAAGCUGAAGGAGGUGCUCCAAGUGAAGAAGUCAAAAAAAUGAUGGAAGACCACGACAAACUAGUCGAAGAAAUUUUCCAACAUGAGGACAAAGACAAAAACGGAUUUAUUUCACAUUCUGAAUUUUCCGGUCCCAAACAUGACGAGUUAUAAAACUUACUAAACAAUAGUUGAUGAAGGUUUUAUCUCCUGGUGCUUUCAUCCGAUUUAUUUCCAUAUUCUGUUGCCAAACAUCAACCUUGUGCUCCAGCAAAUGUCCAUCUUUUCGUAUUUUUACAUAGGUAGUCCACAUAUUCCAAUUUCAUAUCAAUUUGUAUAUAAUUUAUUUAUAUAUUUAUGAUUAUUACGAACUAUGAACUGAAACAGUCAUCCAUGUGCACGCAGUUGUUGUUAUUUUUUACUUUGAUAUAGUUUGUAUAUUUGUUAUACGAAAUAUUUGUAAUAAAAGGUUUUAAGUAUAGGUAACUGCU